AUGAGAUCCUUUAUUUUAAAAUUCUUUUUUAUUAAUUUAGAAAAACAGUCUCAUUGCUUGGCUAAUUUUUUAUUUGAAACAUAUGGAGCAGCCUAUAUUUCCUUUAAAGAGGACCCAGAAUUUUUGGAAAAUAAAGAAGAUUUUGUUGAUGAUUAUUACAGACUUACUUCUGGAGAACAUUUUUAUUUUACUUUAAAAUGGAAUUGGAAUAAGCCAAAAGUAGAGGAAGGAAAUAAGGAUCAUAAACAACCUUUAAUUAAGCGUAUAUUUAAUCAAGACCAGCCAGAAUUUAAAAAACUUAAGGAAUGUAAUGACAUUCUGAAAGUUCAUAAAGGGUAA